AUGUCGUCUAGAUCACUCAAAGACUUACCUGAGGAGACAGUCCUACAAAUAGUGAAACAUCUGCAUACAGAUUCCAUUAUCCACAAAACGCCAGAAGCGCCUAUCAGAGUCGAUCUAUUACAGUUAGCACUCUGCAGUAAACGGUACCAACGCAUCACUUUGCCAUUUCUCUAUCAUACCAUACACUUUACUGGGCUAAAAGUAGUCGAGAGAUUCCUUAACACAAUACUCGAAUAUCCUACCUAUGCACCUCUCGUAAAAGCAUUCGACUGUUACGGACAACAACAGAUGAAACCGAAGCCCGAACUUCAUGGUAUCGACUUUUCAAGGAUAGCAGAAAUUCAAAAGUUGGCUCCAGAUCUCAUUCAAUCCAUCAAAGAAAGGCAAGAAUGGACAUAUGUUAUACUCCUUCCGUUUUUACUCCAGAAUCUGGAAGAACUGGAUAUAGAGAUAGAUUUGUACCCAUACAUGAGGGAUUUUGGACAUUACUUUUCCCAAAUGCUCGAUAAGGGCCUGGUCUUCCGCAAAUUGCGAUCAAUUUCGUGGGGUUUCGCUCUAAAUCUCGGCAUGAAUUUGUUGAGUUCAACAUUCUUACUCCCCUCUAUCACUAGAGUAUGCAUUGAUGGUUGGAUCGAAUUUGAGGACACCGUAGCAUGCCACUAUGGAACAUCUAGUGUCGAGGACUUGGAACUCAGGGUUUUAACUACCUCCGAAAAAGAUAUGAAUAUACUGCUUAGGCUUCCUAGAGCGCUGAAGAAGUUCACUUGGUCGCCAACAUACUGGGAAGACGUGGCUGGCCCUAUUCUGCUGCAAGGCUGCAGACGAGCGCUUGAAUGCGUGUCAAGAAGCCUCGAAUUUCUUUAUUUCAGAUGGAGAAACGGAUUUGAACAUUUUCCUCCCGGUUUGGAAAUCUGGUCUCUCGAUAAUUUUGUCUCCCUAAAGACACUGUGCAUCAACUAUCAGCUUAUCUGUGGCCGAGGUCCGAACUUGGUGCUUUGUAUCUCCAACUCCUUGCCCAAGUCACUUGAGAUAUUGGUGAUGCAUUCCUGUUAUGAGGGGCC